AUGCUCAAGCACUACUGCCGCAAGUUUGGCAUCCCGCGGUGGCCCUUCCGCAAGCGCCAGUCGAUCGGCAUCCUCAUCUCGUCCAUUGAGGACUUCUCGCGCAACAGGCCCGUCAACGUCGAGCCGGCCCUGGCCAAGCUGCGCUCCUUCCUCGACCUCAUCGACGAGGACCCAAACAUUGACCUCGACGGACCCAUCAAGCGCCUGCGCCAGGCCUUUUUCAAGGAGGCUUACAAGAGCCGCCAGCGCGCCACCAAGGGCGAGGGCGGCGACCGCAGCACGCGCGCGCAGCGCAACCAGCAGCGCACAGACCAGUGGCUCGAGCAGCUCUGCCACGCCAUCGUGGCCGAGCAGGUCGGGAACGAGGCGCCUGCCGGCAUAGACUAUGGGGCCAUCGAGGCGGCCGCAGCGGCGGCCGAGGCGGGGCUGACCGGCGAGGAUGCGGCUGCGGCGGCAGCGGCGGCGAUGGCCAACGCGCAGAUGCUGCAGGCGCUGGCGGACGGCCAGGGUGGCGCGGCGGCGCUGACGAUCAACGCGGACGGCACGGUGUCCGGCCUGCCGGGUGGCGGGCUCGUUUUCACGCAGGAGCAGCUGCAGCAGUUGCAGCAGCUGCAGCAGCUGCAGGGCGUGGACACGGGCGGCGCGGCGCUGUCCGCGGCGCAGCCGCUGCAGCUGCCGGUGGGGCCGGACGGGGAGCCAAUCAACAUCACAAACCCGGACGGCACGGUGGACGAGCUGCAGCUGCAGCAGAUCAUGCUGAUGCAGCAGCAGCUGCAGCUGCAGGCGCUGCAGGCCCUGCAGGCGCAGCUCGCGUCGGCUGAGGCGGAGGCCGAGGCGGAGGCGGGCGGUGUGGCGGCGGACGGCGGCGAGGAGGCGGCGGCGGCCGCGGCGGCAGCUGUGGCGGCGGCGGCGGCUGCAGCGGCGGGCGACGAGGGCGGCGUCGGGGCGGCGGCGGCGGCCGGGGAUGCAGCGGGGCAUGAGUUGAGCGGGGCCGCGGUGUUUGAUGCAGAGGCGAUGGCGGCGGUGGCUGACGCGGCGGCGGCGCACGCGCCGCCUGGGGACGACCACCACGAAGCGGGCGGGGUGUCCGCGGCGGCGGCGGUGGGGGAUGGCGGAGAAGGGCACUGA